AUGGUUGAUGAAACGACGCGAUCGACAAAAUUAUCAGAAAUGUAUACUGUAGGCGAUUUUCGAGCUCUUGGAGCACCGCCUGCUUUUAAUGGAGAUGAGAUUAUUGUUUUAAGAAGUGCUGAAACUAUUUCCGAAGUUUUUCCGGAUUGGGUGUCAAGAUCUGGUUUAACCGAGAAUAAUUUGAUCCCUUUUGAUGUGGUGGGUUUUUAGUUGCAUUUUUGAGGCUAGAAAUAAUUUUUUGCUAAAAAAAGCCGAAGAGACUGGUUCUUUAAAUAUAGAUUUUCAGAACUGCCCAGUUGAACUACCAAAUCGAUCCGAAAUUCGAAAAUCUUACUCCGCUGAUCCGCCACUUUCCGAAAUGGGAAAAAUCACGGCAAAAAUGAUGGGACGCGAAAUAAUCGAGCGAAAAAUUAUACCAACUGUAAUAAUUUCGACGCCUGAUUUGGCGAGUGUUGAAACUGCGGCGAUUAUUCAGAAAUUUAUUGGACUCGAAAAAUCGCCGAAAAUUCGAAUCGAACCCGAAUUGUCGACAAUGCACAAUGUGAAAAAUGUGUUUUUUAAUCGGGAUGAAUUUUUGAGAAUGGGAAUAAAUAUUGAUUCGAAGACAAAUCAAUUGAAAGCUAUCGUGAGUUUUGGGAAAAUACUUUCACAAGUAAAUUGAAACAUUUUAUCCAAUAUUUUUGAAAAAUACCUUUUUUUAGACCUCAAACUCGGAAUUUGUUGAUUUGGUAAAUCACAUAAAAAGAGCAUUUCAUGAGCUGACUAAUAAACAAGAUUCAAAUAUUUUGAUGAUUGUUGAUGCACUUUCAGCCAAAAUCAUUGCAAGUCUAUUUUAUGGCGUUGAAUUUGCGAAAAAUCGUGAUAAUUUGGAGGAAGAACGAUUGAAAGCAAUUUCGAAUUUCCCGCCGUUGGCUAGUUUUUCGACUUUUAGAGUUCCAGGAAGUGGAAAUGUGAGUUUUUUGAAAGUUUGCGGAAAAACAUAGAAAUUUUCGUUUUAGAAAAUGUACGAUAUUUCGCCGGUUACACUGCGCCCAUUGAAUUAUACUGGAUUUUCUAGCAAUAUUGAACUUGAUUGA